CCCAGCCGGCCCACGCCAGCCACCCGGGAGGGGAGGACGCUGGGGGACCCGGCGCGGCCCCGAGAGGGACCUGCGCGAGCCUCGGCCUCCAGGCGGGCGCGGCCCGGACGGUGGGCGGCAAUGAUCCCCGAGGAGAGGCCGGGCGGCCCGGGCGCCGGCGAGGACAGCACGAGGCUGCAGGCGGCAGGCAGCGUUCGAAAGGGCUGUGACCCCCUGGCCCAGACAGCGCCCGGCCGCCUGCAGAGCCGCAGGGCUCAGGUCCACCAGCAGAUCACCAAGGAGCUACGGAUGCGAACAGGUGCCGAGAACCUCUACAGGGCCACCAGCAACGCCCAGGUCAGGGAGACGGUGGUCCUGGAGCUGAGCUACGUCAACUCCAGCCUGCAGCUGCUGAAGGAGGAGCUGGAGGAGCUCAACGGCAGCGUGGAGGCUGAUGGGCCCGGGAGCCAAGGUAUCGCCGUUCUGAUGAUCCCCCUGGGGCUGAAGGAGACCAAGGAGCUGGACUGGUCCGCGGCCCUGAAGGAGCUGAUCUCUGGGCACUUCGGAGAGGACGGUGCCUCCUACGGGGCCGAGAUCAGGGAGCUGGAAGACCUGCGGCAGGCCAUUCGGACGCCCAGCCGUAGCGAGGCGGGCCUGGAGCUGCUCAUGGCCUACUACAACCAGCUCUGCUUCCUGGAGGCGCGCUUCGUUGCCCCUGCCCCUGCCGGGAGCCUCGGGCUACUCUUCCAUUGGUACGACUCGCUCACGGGGGUCCCGGCCCAGCAGCGGGCCCUCGCCUUCGAGAAGGGCAGCGUGCUUUUCAACAUUGGGGCUCUCCACACCCAGAUUGGGGCUCGCCAGGACCGCUCCUGCCCUGAGGGCACCAGGCGCGCCAUCGAGGCCUUUCAGAGGGCUGCUGGGGCCUUCAGUCUCCUGCGGGAGAACUUCUCCCGAGCGCCCAGCCCAGACAUGAGCCCCGCCUCACUCUCCAUGCUGGAGCAACUCAUGACGGCCCAGGCCCAGGAGUGCGUCUUUGAGGGCCUGUUGCUGCCGCCCCCUGCGACCCCCCAGGAUGGUGUGGCCCAGCUCCGCCUGGCCCAGGAGGCUGCCCAGGUGGCAGCUGAGUACAGGCUGGUGCACCAGACCAUGGCCCAGCCUCCUGUCCGAGACUACGUGCCCUUCCCCUGGACUGCCCUGGUGCACGUCAAGGCUGAGCACUUCCGCGCCCUGGCCCACUACCACGCGGCUGUGGCCCUCUGUGACAGCCCCCCGGCCCAGGUGGGGUUCCCGGCGCUCCAGCAGCCCCUCCGCGGGUCGCCAGCCACGUCCCAGCCCUGGGGCUCCGCAUGGCCUGAGGAGCCAGAGGAGCGCAGGAAGCUCGGCAAGGCGCACCUAAAGCAGGCCAUCCUGGGCCAGGAGGAGGCACUGCGGCUGCACGCCGUGUGCCGGGCCCUGCGCAGAGUGGACCUGCUACAGGCCGUGCUGGCCCGGGCGCUGCGCUGCUCGCUGGCCAAGUACUCGGAGCUCGACCGCGAGGACGACUUCUUGGAGACCAGCGAAGCUCCUGACAUCCAGCCCAAAACACAGCAGAAGCCAGAGAUCAGGGCGCCCAGCUUCUCCAGCGUGAAGGUGACCGACAUCUUCCACCGGCUGGGGCCCCUGUCCGUGUUUUCAGCCAAGAACUGCUGGCGGCUGGUGGGGCCUGUCCACAUGACCCGGGGAGAGGCUGGCUUUGGCCUCACGCUGCGAGGAGACGCGCCCGUCCUCAUUGCCGCUGUCAUCCCGGGGGGCCCAGCCGCGGCAGCCGGCCUGCAGGAGGGCGACUACAUCGUGUCCUUGAAUGGGCAGCCGUGCAAGUGGUGGAAGCACGCCGAGGUGGUGGCACAGCUGAAGGGUGUGGGCGAUGAGGGUGUGAGCCUGCAGGUGGUGACGCUGCUGCCCCGGGCAGAGCCACCCGGCACGGGGCACCACCAGCCAGCCCUGGGGGGGCUUCUGCGGAGCCAGAAGGAGUGUGGGGGGGGGACGCCAGCUCCUGUGCGAGCCAGCCCCAGGCCCUUCCUUGGCUGGAGCCGCAAGGCCAAGAGGGGCAAGAGCAGAGGGAGGCUGUCCCCACAGCCCUGAGCCGUGGGCCACCCGCCCCCUGGGGGUGCCCAGGGCGGCGGUGAGGGGCCAGCUCCCCUGCCCCUACGCCCUCCUCCAUCCCAGUGGCCGGAGCUGCCCAUUAAAGACGAUGUCAGAUGCUGUGUGUGUGAGCCCAGUGGUGGUGGCCGGGUGCUGCACCCACCACGGGGAGUGUCACCAUUGCUCUGGGCGCGGAGUCCAGACGCCAGAACACUGCCGCUGGGCUGCCCUGUCCUCAUGCAUCCCCCAAGUGCCCCCCCCCCAGGAGAGCAGCCUCCCAGGUGGAGAAGGGCUGUCCUGGAGAGGUGGGGCAGGUCGGGUAAUGUGUCGGCUGUGGGUCCCUGAAGCCCAGAUGCUCGGUGCCCCGUCCCCCCGCCCCUGGACAGACCGCACCCUGGCCACACCCUACCUUGGGCCUGGCGCUGUGACCCUCCAGUGACCCCGCCACUGGCCCAGCCCCACAGCACCCCAGAGGCCAGCCGGGGCUCUGGGCGCCUGCUGCACCACCCACCCUGUGGGCAGCGUCCCACAGGGACAGGGACGUCCCACCGGGCCCAGGCCUCUGCUUCUGCUCUGCACCCCGGUCACGCCUCAGCGCCAGGCACGGACCUCGAACCACCCGGCCACUGCUGUCCGGGCCUCCUCCAAGCCUCCCGCUGGGCCUGACCCCCACCCCGGGAGACUUGCCCCAAGUUGUCCAGCAGGCCGCGGGCGUCAGGGUGAAGGCCCGGCUGGCCCGGAGUCUGCGUGGCCACCAGGGGGCGACCGCUGUCCGCUGGAGGCAGCGUUUGGGGAGGGGCGGGCGGGCAGCGUGCCGCCACCUGCUGGGGCAGCCUCCUCCCAGCCCCCGCCCCCCCCCCCCCCCCCCCCGCCGGCCUCUGGUGGUAACCACGGGGUGGGGGGGGCUCUGAGUGGGGGGCAGGGCUCCCCUGACUGAGCCAGGCGAGGGCGGCCAGGUGCGUUCCUUCCGACCCACCUGCCCUCCUGGGAGAACGCCCCCCUCAGCGCCACCAGCCAAGGUCACCUCUGCGCUUACUAAUUCAAUUAAUAAAACUGCGCGUCAAAGAGGC